AGAUAAAAUUGAAAGUAAUUUUGGAGAAACAAUGCACCUUCUUUAUUUUAUAUUACUAUUAUCAAUUGUCAGAGGUCAUCGCCCAGGAAGUAGUAAUUACAUGGAAAAAGAACUUCAAACAAAAUCUCCAUCACAAAAUGUCACACAUAAGGAACGCAAAAUAAACGCUACAGAUUUGUCGAAAUUGUAUAAUCGAGUCAUGAAGUCAUACGAUAAAAAGUUUCGAGCAGGAUAUGGAGAAAAUGCAACUUUAGUAAAGCUGGAACUUCAAGUACUAUCAUUCAGCAAACUCAACGAAGGAGCAAUGGAAUUUGAAAUGGACUUUUACUUCGCUCAAUUUUGGGACGAUUACCGAUUUAAAGUUCACAAAACUCGUGAAGAAGCUCUGAUAAACUUAGUAGGGAAAAAUGUUGAAGAGUUAUGGUUACCUGACACAGUAUUCAUCAAUUCUAAAGAAUCAAAGUACCAUGACGUGACAGUAAAUAAUAGAUUUUUAUCAGUGAAUUUGAGCAAUGGCAAUGUGGUUUACCACGCGCGGAUAACAACAAAAGCAUCGUGUUUAAUGGAUUUGCGAGACUAUCCGUUUGACAAACAGACUUGCUUUUUGGCUAUAGAAAGUUAUGGUCACAAUAAAAGUCAAAUUCUUUAUGCAUGGCAAAGUUACGACCAAGACAAAUGCGUCGGGGAAUGUACAAACAUAAGUGUUUACGACAAACAAAUGUCUAAUUUUGAUGUGAUAGAAGCUAUGAAGUCAACCAAUAAAACGCCCUACCAUGCUGCGCAAUACUCAAGUGCUACAGCUCAGUUUACAUUUAAACGGCGUUCAAAAUACUUUUUAAUACAAGUUUACUUACCGUGUGUUUUGAUUGUCAUGGUAACAUGGACAACAUUUUGGAUCACUCCAUCUGCAGUGCCUGCUCGUUCUGCAAUCUGUGUGACGACUAUACUAACCUUGAUCACAAUGCUAGGCAUCGUAAAUGUAAACAUGCCGAAAGUGAGCUACAUCAAAGCUUUGGAUUUGUAUUUGUUUGUGUCCUUUAUAUUUGUUUUCUUGUCCUUAUUGGAAUACAUUCUGGUCUUAAAUUUUGCAAAUUACUUUCUUAAAAAGGAAGAAGGAAGAGAAGAAGAAGAAGGAAAGGAAAAAUACCCAACACAAAAGGCGUGGAACAGCACGUCGGAUACCAACAGUUAUUGCUCCAGUUCAAAAAAAGCGAAAUUGAGAAUGCGAAGAAGUUAUGCAGAUAAUUUCAGGCCAUCCUGCAAAAAUACCAUAAUAGAUCUGGAAACAGAGUAUUUCUUUGGUGAAUUAAGGAAACGCACUCCUGACACGAUUGAACAUAAAAUAAAGAAUUCAAUUCAAGGUGAAUUAACGUGGGAAUCAUCAAGAACGGAUAAAGUUGCACGUUUCCUUUUUCCUUUGGCGUUCAUCUGCUUUAAUAUAGGAUAUUGUGUAAAAUACCUUAUAAAAAACAAGAUGCAUGAAAAUACGUUGUAAAUGUUUAGCAAAUAUGUUUUCUAAAUACGGAAGUUACUUCAACACAGCAACAUAUUUCUUGUAUGAUAAACAGGCCAAAAAAAAUAAA